UGGCCCGCGCUGCCAGUGAGGGAGUCGGGCUGAGAGAAGUGCGCGGACGGUAUUUGAUUGUAUUCGUCGGGAUUUCUCAAUGCGGAAGUGACUGAAUCAGCGCGAGCAUGGGGUGUGUUGGCUCCAAAACGCCCAUUGUGGCCGCCGAGCACACGGUGUGCGUGACCUGGAGAGACGCGGACCCUGUGUCGGAGCUCGCGCUCUUGGGGAGCACACAGACGUGCCUGAGGAGCCAUCGCCUUGCUCUCGCGCCCCACAUCUUCGGCAGCCCGAGUCCCCGCCAGGUCAAUGACGACACUGAAGAUAUGCUGCCCAAAUCCAGAAGAGCACUCACCAUUCAAGAGAUCGCUGCACUAGCAAGAUCCUCCUUACAUGGUAUCUCUCAGGUGGUGAAGGACCACGUGACCAAACCCACGGCCAUGGCGCAGGGCCGGGUGGCCCACCUGAUCGAGUGGAAGGGCUGGUGCAAGCCCACCGACGCACCCCACUCCCUGGAGAACCACAUCCACACGUACUCACACCUCAGCGAGGGGGAGCAGGAGGCUCGCUUCGCCGCAGGUGUAGCGGAGCAGUUUGCGAUAGCAGAGGCGAAGCUGCGAGCCUGGUCUUCUGUAGAUGGAGAGGACUCCAAUGAUGAGUCUUACGAUGAGGAAUACCAGCCUGCUAAUGACCCUACCACACAAAGCACAGAUCUAGCGUCCUAUCCUCCGUACCUGAGAGAUCUCAUCCAGACUCACCUGGCUCCGCCAAGCUCUUUGCCCCCGUCGCCGUCGGAUACGCUCUGUUCUAGCCUCUGCAGCCUUGAUGACCACCACCCGCGGGACCUGGGGUCGCCCGCAGUUACGCCUCAUUUCCACUGGCACCUGGCAGCCAAGAUCCUGGGAGCCCUUCAGGAAGGGGAGGAGCUUAUCCUGGGCCGCCUCCAGAGAGGGAGGAGUCAGUGGAGAGGAGGCGGGGACUCUCCCUGUUACUCUGUAACCUUUUCGGAGACGUACCUGUCGCCCGGCGAGGAGGAGGAGGAUGUGCCAUAUAAGGACUGUGUGGGUGGGGUUUGUGGGCUGAGGAGGGAGGAGUCAGACGCGGUGUCCAGUGGCGUGGUGUCUCUGGAGGAGGAGGAGGAGGAGGAGGAGAAGGAGGAGAGGAGAGAGGGAUGACUGGAGAGGGAGAGGAGUGCACGGACUGAUGGAUGAACAUCCUCCAUCCCUCUCUCUCUCUCUUUUAAAUUCUGUCUUUAUCCCUCUCUUUCUCUCUCUGCCUGUCCUUCCCUCAUUUGUUGCCAAGGUUACGGCUCUGUUCUGUAUCCAGCUGGUGUUGUGUGUGACUCAAGCGUCCAAACAAUCAGCGUACACACACACACACACACACACACACACACAAACAUACACACAAACACAAGCAUGCACACACACACACACACACACACACACACACACACACACACACACACACACACACACACACGACACACAUACACACACAUACACAUACACAAACACAAGCACAUACACACACACACACACACACACACAUACACACACACACACACAGACAGACUCCUGGACAGACGUAAAUUGGAAUGGAGAGACAGAUGGACAGAGGAAGAUGAAGAUGAAGAUAAAGACUCUGUCUCUCUCUCUGCAUGCGGUGGCUCCUCAGCUGAAGCACACACACACACACACACACACACAUACA